AUGGUGUUCAAUGGACCCCCUGCUGGGACAGGCCCCAGCAAGCGGCCUGCCUCAUGUAUGCAGGACGAUGGCCAUAGCUGGGAAAGCGCACCGCCUAUGGGCUACUCCAUGCGUUCAUCCAUCAACAUUCCCUAUGCCCACUACGCCAUGAUCUACCUCGACAACAUGGGCACACUAAAAGUCACCGAGUCUCCAUCAAUGCAAGAGCAGAACGGAACCAUUUUCACACCUGAGGUCCGUGACAGAUUUCUGGAAAUUCUUGGGGCUAAGAUCGGUUACCAACGCCCUAUGGUUCGAAAACUCUCGAACUCAAUGGUCACUGCCCAUGGUUAUGGGCCCCAGCAGCUUGGACACUUGCCUUACCGCCAGAACAAGCGGCGCAGACAUUCGCCUGCUCAUCCUUUGUACGGUGUACAUGCAUCCCCAGCACAGUUCCCUACUCCCAUUGAGGAAGAACCAUGCGCAUCAACAGACAUGGUGGGACUCGAGAUUGGAAACACUCCCAAAGUCAUUGACUACUAUGAACGAGCAUUGAAGCACUUCCAACAACUCAACUGUCGCCAGAUUGCGAAGGCUUUCAUCAAGUUCAUUGAGCCAAGGAAACAAGUCAAGCAUCCCUACAAUGGAGGGAAGCCUCCAGCUGGAGCCCCCCCAGGUGAGCGGGGUGAUCCAGAGAAGACGAAGCCUGAAUGGUGGCCUCCCCAUGUCGUACACAAGGAACCUGAUCACCUUCGGAAGGAUCAACGCUUGAACCUUUUGAUUCAUAUCAUUCGAAAGCUUGAACGGUUUGGCAUCACGACGGAUCAACUGCAGGAAAUCGCCCAUGACUGCAAGCGGCAACUCAGAGGCCCGCACAGACUUCAGAUUCUUGAUGAAGUUUUUAGAGUAAGAAGGAUGGAGGAACGAUUCGAAAGAGGAGAAGUCGAUGCCAACACUAUUGUGUAUGUUGUCAACCGCGAAUCAAACCCGAAACAAGAGAAGGAUUCGGAGUCCGUCUUCGACCCAGAGCAGAGGGCUGAACAGGAGGACGAGAACGCCGAGGACGAGAUGCCUACCCAACAAUUGGAGGCGAACACAUCUGGGUUAGUCACCACUUCAGUCGAGCAGAUGGCAAUGCCAGCACCCAGUCGCCCACUGCAGCUCGGGGUCGACAGAAAUCAAUUGUUUCCUCUACCAGAGUCGCUUUCUUUUGGUGAAGUACCCAGAGACGAUCGGGCUUUCUUCCAGGCGGCUUCCGAGUUUCCCGAAGAUUUCUCAUCGCAACCGAUGCUGAGAAACCCCGCGACGACAUCGUUGGUUGGUUCAAACGACAGCGCGGCCACUUUUGAUUAUUUGUCUCAAACAUCGAUGCCCUCAUCAACAGCUCCGGAGGCUAUUUCCCACCAUCGUCAAGUGCCACUACCUAUGCAGCAUUCGGCCAGCUUUGAUCCUUGGACGCCGUCUUUUCGCCACCAGACUGUCUUCAACCCCCUUGAAUACGGUGUUGCACCCAACCACACCCUGUCACAACCCAGCAUUCAUUAUCAACUUCCUAUCGCCCCAUCAUCUCACCCCCAAGACAUGUCUCAAUUGACCCACGGCCUUCCAAAUAUGUCACAGGACAGGCCAGCUAGUAUGGAUGGCAUGGGCAUCCGGGGCCAAUCUUAUCGCAAUGGGUCCCUGGGCCACCACCAUGAAUCAUUACAGUCCUCCCCAUCUAGCUGA